AUGGUGUAUGGGAUAAUAAUUCAUUCUUCCGAAUGUGCUGAGAAAUUUUAUUUUAGUUCGUAUUAUAGUAUGGAGAAUAAUGACGAGGAUGACUGCAUAAGACAAAGGACUAUUGUUGCGAGGGUCAUUGAUGAAAUAAAUUAUUAUGAAGAUGGUAAAGCCAAAUCUGAUAAUACCAACAAAAGUCAAAGGGAAAAGUAUUUGGAUUUACUUGGUUCUUUUCUCUCAAAGAAUGUUAAUAAUGAAGUAAAAAUAGAUAAUGAGGGAUUCUUCAGAAUUGUUGAUUCAUCCCUUUUCAAAAAUAAGAUAAAUAUUCUGUGGAAAGUUUUAAACAAAAUUUGCUACACCUUAGUUCUCUAUGCUCAUGAAAAUAUUCACCUGGCCGAUUAUUUCCUGCAUACAUUUAUAAAUGUCAUGAGGGAACAUCACGAUAUGGAAAAGAGAAAAAAUUCCAAAAAUGACGUGGAUUUGUUUAACCCUGACACGGUUCUGGCUGUGCUAUACUUCUUCUUGCCAAAAGGACAAUUGAUGCUAAUAGAUGAUAACCACGCAAAAAUUUUGAGCACUCGAGUCCAACAGUUUCUCGGAGGUAAGGUGAAGUUACCGCCCAAGAAUUCCUAA